GCGACAUCAGCACCUUCGCUGCGCCGACCACCAUCAGCAGUCAGCUGCAUACCUUGAAGACCGAGGUCCAAUAGCUGCAGUCGACGAACGCGGAUGACAAUCCGAAGAUGUACAAGAUGCCAACKUUCCAACUGGACAAGUUCGACGACUACACGCAACAGGAUCCCGUCCUCUGGUGGGAAGCAUUCACAACGCAACUCAGGAUUCUGCCCGUAGCCAAGCAUGCGUACAUCGGCGCCCUGUUCCUGAACUCAAAGGGCGGAUGCCAGACCUGGUUGAGCCACCUGGCAACCUCCCACGGCGUCGACGUACCAGACUUGAAGGACAAGAUCACAUGGGAGGAACUGACACGACUGUGGAAGAAGCGGUUCAUCGUCGACAACGCGCCGACACUCGCCAUCAACCGUUUGUUCACCAUGUCACAGGGCAACACUGCAAUACGGGAUUGGCUCACGAAGUGGCAGAAGAUCGCGGCGGUGCCCAAUCUAGAAUUGACAUUCACGCAUAUACGCCGCGAGUUCUACAACAGGUCCUGUGCGGCAUUGAGCCAGGCUCUUGGUGAUCGCGAGCAGUACUCCACUUUCGCCGAGAUUAUCGACAAGGCGAGAGAGAUCAUCAAGACCAAUAGGUCAGCUGCACACGAGAAAUCAACAUGGCAGCCGACCUAUGUGGAGAAGGUACGAACUGGUCCGCGACAGCAGCACUUCGCUGCAGUCCAGUCGGACAAUGGAGAUAACCCAGCAGCCACUCCAGCAUCAAGUGACGGAGAUCAGGUGGCUGCUGUCCAGCCGCGACGCAACAACAAGUCCCGCAACAAUGGGAAGGCGAAAUCCGCAUCGCAGGCCGGAAAUGGACAACCAGUACAAGUUCCAUGGGUCAAGUUCGGCUUGACCGAGGCGGAGUACAAGGUCCGCGACCGCUACGGCAACUGCUAUUGGUGCAACAACACCAAGCACAAGACCUCCCUGUGCCAAGAUCAGGGCAAGUAGGAUGUGCGACCCCGCCUCAGCUCGGGAAAC